GGGAAAACCAGAAAACAUUUCCUCCAUAAAACAUGAUCCAGUUUCAGCAGAGUCAGUGACACAUUGUACUUUUUACUCGAUUACUUUUGUGUGACAGCUUUAGUUACGUUCCAUGUGCUCCACAUGUUGCAUUUGUUGGAUCCUGCAGGUUCGUCUCUGGACUCUGUCGGUGGGACACACUGUGGGCUUCGCUGUGCUGUUCAACAGAACAUGGAGGCUUUAUUCAGUCCACAGCGUCAGAGUGAAGCAGCAGCAGCAGCAGAGUCGUCUGCAGCGAUCAGGCUGUGUGGUGUUCUGGAUGUUCCUGCUCGAUGUGUUCGUUUUAACCUCCUGGCAGAUCCUGGACCCCCUCAGACGGGUGGUGCUGCAGGCUUCUCACAAAGAUCUCUUCAGAUCCUUCAUUUAGAUUCUCCAACAUGUUCAUUUGUUUCACUGAGAGGCCAGCAGUUGGAAAAUAGCUUGUAUCUUGGAAACAACUCAAUCAUUACACAUCAUUUCAUUAUUUGUCUGUAAAAGGAAAAAAGCCGUCGGGCCAAAAAACAACUGCUGACUGUUCGAUUCCUGCGAAAUUCAUCUGCUGUCAGAGGUGAACGCUAAUUCAAACAACAAGGAAUUAAAGUUUAUCUCUGUCUCCCUGCUGUGGUGGGAGAUGGAGGACGGGGCAUCCAACAGCUGUGUCCAACCAAUCCUCCUCCUCCACCUCCUCCUCCACCUCCUCCUCCACCUCCUUCAUCACCCUCCAGAAAACGAGGCUGCAGCUCGCUGCAUCACUGCUGGACUCGCUGUGUUUGGAUGCAGAGGGAGCGGAUGCAGCAGCAGAUCUGAAGAGAGAAAUUCUCGAUUCAUCCCACCAUGACGGGGAGAACGGGUCUCCUGUUCGUCCUCAUUCUGGCAGCGUACUCCAGUGGCGUCGCUGCUCAAACAACAGUGUGUGAAACUGCCACACUGGCCGACAUCGUCUUCCUGGUUGAUUCCUCCUCUGGCAUCAGCCCUGAUAACUUUCAAGAGGUCCGGAACUUUCUUGGCAGCAUCAUCAAUGCUCUCAACAUCGGCCUCAAAGAAGUCCGGGUCGGCUUGGCUCAGUACACUGAUGAACCUUUCCAGGAGUUCCUGCUGAAUUAUCACAGAGACAAGCGUUCCCUGCUGUCUGCGGUGGAACAGCUUCCCCAUCGAACAGGAGGCACAGAAACGGGCAAGGCCAUCGACUUCCUCCGGACAAAGUACUUCACCAAAGAGGCGGGGAGCCGAGCCAAGCAACGGGUGCCUCAGAUCGCCGUGGUCAUCACAGGUGGUGCCUCCACAGACGAUGUGACAGCGCCUGCUCAGCGUCUGAGGCAGCACGGAGUCAUAGUGUUUGGCAUCAGUGUAGGACAAGUCAAGGAGCUCGGGUCCAUCGCCAAUAAGCCUUCAGAGCGCUUCCUGUUCUCCACCGAUAGGUUCCAGGCUCUGCGGACGCUGACGGACGGUCUGCUAAAAACACUUUGCAUCACUGUGGAGGAUCAGAGGGAAGCUCUGGAAGAUAAGUUUGCAGAUGUUUUCUUCGUUUUGGAUAGUGGCAUUGCUCCAGAAUCGUUCUCUUUGUUUAGAUCUGAACUUAUCAAAUUGAUCAAUCAACUUGACGCUGGAGCGUCCACUUACCGUGUGGGUUUGGCCCAGUACGGUGACAGUGUCCACGAUGAAUUCCUUCUCAAUGCUUUUCAGACUAAACAGGAAGCUGUGGCUGCUGUCAAGCGUUUACGCCUGCGCCCACAACACAACAGGCCACGUAACGUGAGCUUUGCACUGCACUACGCCUACAAUAACUUUUUCACCAGUGAGGCGGGUGGGCGUGCACACAAAGGCGUUCAACAGUUCUUGGUCCUUGUGAGUGGAAAAGACUCGGACGAUGCUGUAGCUAGGCCGGCUUUUACGAUCCAAUCGGCAGGUAUAACUCUUGCUGCAUUGAGUGCAGGUGCAUCAAUGGAUUCAUUGAACUCAUUUGCCAGUCCUGGGUACAUAUUUGAUUCUCCAAGAGCAACUCUUUUAAAAAAUCUCAUCACGUCUGAGCACCUGGAUACAAAUGUUACUGAAGAUUGCAAAGAGGCCAAUGUGGCAGACGUUGUGUUCAUCGUUGAUGAGUCUGAAAGCGUUGGAGUCACCAACUUCGCGCUGGUGCGCACAUUCCUGCACUCGACUGUGAGCGGUUUGAAUGUUGAUCAGACUAGAGUCCGUGUAGGCAUCGUUACGUACAGCGACAGUCCCACAGCACUCGUCUACCUCAACACGUUCAAAAACAAGGCCGAAAUCCUGCAGUUCAUAAAGAUCCUGCCUUACCAGCCUUACCGUGGACGUGGUAGAAACACUGGAGAUGCCCUAACCUUCACCCAGGAAAAGAUCUUCAUUAAGCAAAAGGGCAGCAGGAAAGGUGUCCAGCGGGUAGCAGUGUUGAUCACUGAGGGCAAAUCCAGCGAUAACGUGGGCAAGGCUGCAAGUAAUCUCCGUCGGGCUGGUGUCACAGUUUACGCUGUAGGAAUCAGAAAUGCAGACGACUUCCAGCUGCACGAGAUUGCGUUUCACAACCAUGUUUUCAAAUUGGGCGCUUUCACUGACCUGAAACCCCUGAAGUCGAGCCUGCAGAAAACCCUGUGCAAAGACGUCAUUGGCAAAUUCACAGUCUAUACAGAUGGACAAGCUGUCAAAGAAGCAUGUACACAGAAAGAUGAAGCCGACAUCUUUUUCCUGAUGGACGACUCAGGUAGCAUCGAGAACCAAGACUUUGAUGAUAUGAAGACCUUCAUCAUUGACUUUAUUCAUUCUUUUCACAUUGGGCCACAAAAUGUCCGCAUGGGGCUUGUGAAAUAUGCUUCUGAACCAACACUGCAAUUUGACCUGACGACCUACUCAGAUGCCGUUACACUGGAGAAAGCUGUGCUGAGUAUUAGACAUGAAGGAGGCGGGACACGGACAGGAAUGGCAUUAUCAUCCAUGCUACCCCACUUUGACAAAAAGAUUCAUGGUGUCCCACAGUACCUGCUGGUCAUCACUGAUGGAAAAUCUCAGGAUGAAGUCCUGAUUCCUGCAAAGACAUUGAGGGAUCAGGGUGUAAUCAUCCUUGCCAUCGGGGUGAAAAAUGCAAGUGAAGCUCAGCUGAAAGAGAUUGCCGACGAGAAGACUUUCUUUGUCAAUCAUUUUGAUGCUCUUAAGUCCAUCAAGGACAACAUCAUGACACACAUCUGUACUCCAGACAUUUGCAAAGACAUAUACAGUGACGUCUUUUUCCUAGUUGACAGCUCGGAGAGCAUCAGUGAGGAAGACUACCAGAAAAUGAAAGAGUUCAUGAAAUCUGUCAUUGACCAGUCUGACAUCGGGGAGACCAGCAUGCAUGUUGGGGUCAUGCAGUUCAGCACCAGGUACAAGCUGGAGUUCCCACUUACCCAAUACUACAGCAAGCAAGAAAUAUUUGAAGCAAUCGAUGGUAUGCAACAUUUGAAUGAAGGUACGCGCACAGGAACGGCCAUCACCGAGGUGUCGACAUAUUUCGACACAAAUCAAGGAGGGCGGUCUAACCUGGCUCAGAACCUGGUGGUGAUAACAGACGGUAAAUCCAAUGAUGCGGUCAAAGACCCUGCUGCAGCUCUUAGACACAAAGGAGUGGUGGUGUACGCCUUUGGAGUGGAGGGCGCCAACAAAGCGGAGCUGAAAGACAUUGCUGGAUCAUCAGACAGGGUCUUUAAUGUGAAGGACUUUGAUGCACUGAGGAAGUUGGAAAGCCAACUGGCAUUAAAGCUCUGUGACCCAACAAGAGUUUGUAAGAAGACAAUACAUGCUGACAUUAUUUUCCUGGUGGACGGGUCCGGAAGCAUAGACAAAGAGUUCAGUAGCAUACAGACGUUUAUGGAAUUAGUAGUGAACAAAACCUUAGUUGGCAAGAGCCUGACUCGUUUUGGUGUAAUUAUCUACUCUGAUGAAGUAGAAACAGUUUUUUCUUUGAAUGAGCUUGACUCCAAACGAGACAUUCUUGAAGCAAUAAGAAAAAUGAGGCCACCAGAAGGAAACACCUACACGGCCAAAGCCUUAGAUUCCUCAUUAAAGUUUUUUAAUGCUAAACAUGGUGGCCGGAAAGAAACAAACGUACCUCAGAUUCUCAUAGUGGUCACAGAUGGGCAUGCUACUGACUAUCAUAACCUGAAGAAACCAUCCGACGCACUGCAACAGAACGGGGUGCAAGUCUACAGUGUUGGAGUGAAAGAUGCAAACAAGGACGAGUUGAUGACCAUGGCUGGUGGCGACGAAUCCAAAGUUUUUUAUGUGGGCAGUUUUGUGGCUCUAGAAUUUCUGCACAGGAAUAUUUCCGAAGAACUCUGCGAAACCACAAAACCAGUUUGCCCCAAAAAUAGACUCAACUUGGUCUUUCUCCUUGAUCAGUCCGACAACACCAACCCAGACGAUUACGCCAUCAUGAAAAGCCUCACGAAAGACCUUGUGAAAAGCUUUAAAGUGGGUAAAGAGUUUGUGCAUAUUGGACUUGCACAGUUCAGCAAUGAUCAUAAGAAAGAGUUUAACCUCGAAGAAUACUUCAAAACAGAUGAUAUGAUUGAACACAUCGACAAAAUGGAAAAACGUGGUGGUGGUGGACACGCCUAUAUUGAAAAAGCCUUGUACAGGAUUACGGAAUACUUUGAGGCAUCACGUGACUGUCAAGGCUGCAAGUAUCUAAUACUGAUGACAAAUGGAGAUUCUCAGGAUGACGUGGAAGAUGCAGCUGACCGACUCCGUAAUUUGGGGAUUGAGGUGUUUGUUGUCGGCUUUGGAAACUUGCACAUCCUGCAGCUCUUGCAGAUCGCUCACGGCCCAGAGAGGGUGUACAAAAUACAGAACAACAAAGACAAAGAAAUUGUGAAGAAUAAUUUAAUCGAAGACAUCUGCAAGGACGAACGAGACCCUCCCAGCGAAUGCACCGUUGAUAUCGCCAUUGGAUUUGAUAUUACCCGAAGAACCAGAGAUCCUGAUGAGAAGAUAUUCAGUGGCCACCCCAAGCUCCAGAUCCUCCUGCCAGAGAUCAUCCAUCGUAUUUCCUCGCUACCUGGUAUUGGUUCCAAUCCGAUCGCGACCCAAAUCGCCUUCCAUAUCGUAGAUCGUAAUGGACGUGCCUUGUAUGACACAAACUUCGAAGAUUACAAGGACGAUGUGGUGGACAAAAUCGUGAACCUACCGCUGUCACAACUUACCUACUUCAACAGAGCCCUGCUGCAGUCCUUCAAAACCCUUUUCACAGCCAAAUCCAGAGCUACCGUGAAGGUGAUGGUGAUCUUCUCAGACGGACUUGAUGAAAAAGUGACGGAUCUGGAGACUAAAAAAGAAGAUCUGAGGAAGUCUGGAGUCAGCGCUCUGCUGAUCGUGGCGCUGGAGGAAGCACGUAAUCCCGAGCAGCUGCAGAGGGUCGAGUUCGGCCGAGGGUACAACUACAAGCUUCCCCUGAGAAUCGGCAUGGCAAGCGCCGGCAGCACCAUCCUCAAAGAGAUCCACUCGGUGUCAGUGCGAGUGUGCUGCAAUCUCACGUGCACAUGUUCUGGACUAGAGGGCCCACCUGGUCCUCCAGGACCCGACGGGCCAAAGGGUGCUACUGGACUGAAGGGUCAGCCGGGUUUCUUUGGAGAGGAGGGACCCCCGGGUGAUCGAGGACCUGUUGGAUCCAAAGGACAUCCAGGCAUUCCAGGCUGUCCAGGAGCCCGAGGACAGAAGGGUAAGCGAGGAGUCUCAGGCGAGAGGGGUGAUGGUGGAGAAGAUGGACUGGAAGGAAUCCACGGAGAGCAGGGAGACCCGGGACCACAUGGACCUGGAGGAGGUAGAGGAGAACCAGGAAACCCGGGUAAGCCGGGUAUCAAAGGGGAUCCAGGCAUGGAAGGAGACCAAGGGCUGAGAGGAGAUCCGGGCGACCCAGGUGUUAAUAACACCAAACGAGGGCCCAAAGGAUACCAAGGAGGCCAAGGUCCACCUGGACUAAUUGGACAGGACGGCCUGCCAGGUAAGAAUGGAUCCACUGGAAGCAAGGGUCAGGAUGGAAGAAGAGGCCCUCCUGGUGACAAGGGUGGACCUGGACCAGCAGGAUCUAACGGACCCCCGGGCAGCCCAGGUGGUCCUGGUCCACAGGGACCGAGAGGAAAAAUCGGUGAUUCUGGACCAAAAGGAUUCCCUGGAUCUCCUGGACUUCAGGGUCAACCAGGAAACCCUGGAGGGCCAGGAAUAGAAGGACAUCGUGGUUCUAAAGGACAGGAGGGCCAACCAGGAGAUCCAGGUAUUAAGGGUCUUCCAGGACCACCAGGACCCAGGGGAAUAUCGGGUCACGAUGGAGCUCACGGUUAUGGACCUGUAGGACGUAAAGGUAGAAAGGUAAAGCUGACGUUCAAAAAGUCGAGUUUCAUGCAGAUGGAGCGCAAAUAACAUGAACAGUCUGAUAUGGAUGGUUCAUUCUUAGAGUUAGACUGUCUAAAACC